AUGCCCCAUUUCAGGGAGUUACCUCCAGAGCAACUAGCGGGAGCCUUUGGAAAGACACUCUUUACAUGGAUCUACCCUAUCCUCGGGAAGGGCUAUACGAGUAUUCUCACGCCGCACGAUAUUCCUGAGCUUGGCAGAAAAUUGAGCUCGAAACACCUACGGAAGGAUAUUCUUCGAGCCUGGGAUCAAAGGGCAAAGCCUGAAACCACACUCACAUUACCCGCAACAUUGUUCCUAUCUGUGAGAGGGGCGUUCAUAUCACCGAUUCUUGCCCGGAUAUUCUUGAUUCUCUUCCGAUAUUGUCAGCCUGUUUUAAUCAAUGCUGCCGUUCGGUUUGUUAGCAGUAAGAGUGAAAGCCAAGACGAUGCUAAUUAUAGUUACUGGCUCAUUGUUAUGGCCAGUAUUAUCUAUUUCGGACUGGCCGCAAGUAUUGACAUCCCAAGUCCCUAUUCCUCGGGGCUAAUUAUUAUGAUUCGCAGCGCUCUCAUCGCACUUCUUCACCAUAGGGCUCUUAACGUUGAAAGCGGACGCUGUGACAAUGGAGGACCGAUAACCCUUAUGAGUGUGGACUCAGAGACUCUAAGCACCACUGGGGAAAUGUUCCAUGAAACAUGGGCUUACAUUUUAGAAGUGGCCCUCGGAACAACUCUGUUGGCAGGCCAGAUCGGCUGGUUGUGCUUGGUUCCACUUGCCGGUGUUGGCUGCUCGUCCGUGAUGAGCGCCUACGUAGCGCGUCACUUACAGAGGCGGCAGCGCAACUGGAACGCCGCCACACAGAAACGGAUGGCAGUCACAACGGCAAUGCUUCAAUCCAUUAAAAGUAUGAAGAUGCUUGGUAUCUCUUCCCCGGUGAAGACAUUUCUGUCUGGUCUUCGAAGCGAGGAAAUACAAGCGUCGAUACGAUUACGGUGGGUGAUGCUUGCAUAUAAUGCCAGUGCUAACGCUCUGGGAAUGUUCGCACCCGUGAUAACACUGGUAUUAUAUGUGGUUUUUGCAAGACGCAAGACCGAUGGAGCCCUCCCUGCAGAAACGGCUUUCACAUCUAUAGCUCUGCUCGCUAUGGUUACUCAUCCUGCAAACAUGGUUAUGACCAUCGUACCUCGCGCAAUUGCAUCGCUGGCGAACUCCGAAAGAAUUAUGAAUUACUUGACACAGGGUACAAACGAAGACAGUCGAAUGGAUAUACAAAAGGCUCAGGUUGACUGGGACGAUACAGAAACUCAUGAGCGGGCAGCUCUUCUUCUAGCCGAUGUGACCAUCCAGUAUCCGCAUACCUCUAAGCCAACCCUGGAUCAUCUUAAUUUCAAAAUCAACAGGGGAUCAAUUGUAAUGUGCGCCGGUCCCGUUGGAUCAGGGAAAACAACUUUGGCUCGGGCGCUACUCGGAGAAAUACCACUCUCUAGUGGUGCGAUUUACACGUCCUCCAAGCGCAUAGGGAUAUGUGCCCAGGAGCCAUGGCUACCAAAUGGGAGUAUCAAGGAGGUUAUUUGUGGUGGUCUCCAGACCGAUGAAACAUGGUACAAGCAGGUUUUAGUUGCUUCUGACCUUGUCAAGGACCUAGGUGCUCUCCCCGAUGGAGAUGGAACCGAGAUUAAGUUUCCUGGUCUCAAUCUGUCCGGCGGCCAGAGACAACGCGUGGCGCUCGCCCGUGUUUUGUACGCUAGGUGUGAGAUCGUCAUUCUUGACGACACCUUCCGUGCGCUUGACGGCGCAACAGAGAAGGUUAUCAUCGAUAACCUAUUGGGUCCAGAGGGUAUUUUUCGAAGACAGGGCACAACAGCCGUAGUGAUAACUAACUCGGCCCAAUAUCUCCCCCUGGCAGAUCACAUUUUAAUACUAUCGGAUUCUAAAAUCCAAUUACAGGGCUCCUGGGAUGAGCUACAACUCGAUGCCAAACAAAUAGACAAAUUCAUGCUGGAUGAACCUGACUGCCGAGAUAUUUCACAGGUAGCCGACGGCCAAGGUGGUGCUAACAUGCAGAAAGACUCUAGGGCUGAUGCAGCUCAAGACCUAACACGACAGAGUGGAGACUUAAGGCUUUACGGGUACUACCUCAGUGCGAUGGGUGUUUGGAAUGGCUUUUUCAUGCUAGCGUGCACUGCAUCAUAUUCUUUCUUUAUAACAUUUUCUCAGUACUGGCUAAAGUGGUGGGCCGAAGCUGGAGAAGAGAAAAGUCUCUUCUACAUGGGGGGCUAUAUGGUGUUGGCUCUGGUGGCCUGGAUUUCCACCAACGGUACUUUGUGCUUUGGAGAGGACAUUCAAUUUGUAGACCGUCAACUUCCAAAUGCCUUCCAGGUGUUGGGAACUCAGGUAUUUAAGCUGUUGGUGCAGGCGACAAUACUCUUUAUCGUUAACCCAUUGAUGGCCGUCACUCUGCCCUUUUGUAUCAUCAUUGUAUACUUCGUGCAGAGAGUUUACUUGCGGACUUCGAGGCAGCUACGGUUUCUCGAGAUUGAGUCAAAGUCAGCUCUCUAUUCAAAAUUUGUAGAAAUGGUCAAUGGCCUUGACACGAUACGUGCACUUCAAUGGCAGUGGAGGUAUGCUCGCGACAUAGUGGGAACUAUCGAUGCCUCACAAAAGCCAGCAUACCUACUCUUCUGUCUUCAAAGAUGGUUGAACCUCGUUCUUGACCUCUUAAUUGCCGUAGUUGCGGUGGGUCUCGUAGCGCUAGCGGUGACAUCCCGGGGAACAGAGAGAGCAACAGCCGUUGGUCUGUCGCUGAAUAUGAUCAUUCUUGCUAACACAACCCUGCUUCGGCUUGUCGAGUCAUGGACCUCGCUAGAGGUCUCCCUAGGAGCAAUUGCGCGGUUGCGCUCUGUUGUGACAGAAACCCCUGAGGAAGAAAAUGCCAGUGACCACAAGUUGUCUCUACCCCUUAAUUGGCCCGUUUCUGGGAGCAUUGUUGCUCGUGGCCUGGAGGCUGCGUAUAGUCCACCAAAACUUGCUCUCGAGAACAUUCACCUGGAGGUCAAUGCCGGACAGAAGGUUUUCAUAUGCGGUAGGACUGGAAGCGGAAAGAGCACAUUACUACUUUCCUUCCUUCGUCUACUAGACCCCCAGCAUGGCUCGAUAGUAAUCGAUAAUAUCGAUAUUGCCGCUAUAUCCAAGACAUAUCUCCGCCGCCACUGCUUCAUCACAGUACCACAAGACCCGUUCAUCCUCGCGGCAGCUACUCUGCGUUUCAACCUUGACCCCGACGAAUCUCUUGCAGAUAGUAUACUGAUUGAAGCCCUAGAAAAGACAAGACUUCUGGAGCAUUUCGGCCAAUUCUCCAAGUUUAGUGACCAGAGUUCCCUUGAAAGCGAAGCUCUACUAGACCUUCCAAUGUCCUCACUCCCACCUCUUUCUGCAGGACAGCAGCAACUCCUUUCGUUAUCACGGACACUUGCUCAUAAAAGGGCUUCCGUGGAUCCUGAGUACUGUGAUCUCCAGACCCGGCUUUCUGUAGCGGAACGCAGACCUAUUCUUCUCCUGGAUGAAGCUACGUCCGCCCUGGACCCAGAUACCGAAGCGGUAAUGCAGGAUGUUAUAGAGGAGGAAUUCACGCAGCAAGGGUAUACGGUGAUUAUUGUCGCUCAUAGAGUAAGUGGGAUGGUUAAGUAUUUCCGGGAUGGCGUCGACACCGUCAUUUGGAUGUGUGAAGGGAGGAUUGAGAAAGUGGUGUACACCCAAGUGGGUGCAGGACUUAUGCUGAAGGAUAGUGGAGAAGGUGGAGGGUGCAACAUUUCCUAG